AUGUCUGUCAUUCUGGCAUAUGUCAACCAUGUUCAAGUCGCUUUUAUUUACUCUUGGUUUAUUUUAUUGUUUUAUUAUUGUACAAUAAAAAAGGAGGCUCUAUCCUACUUGGAUACGAAAAACGGGGUGUGUAUGCAUUUCCACGAGACCCGAAAAUAAAGACUGGCAGCACGCUCUCAUUACUUAAAUUUUUGCAUUGUAGUAUGCUAGGUUAUGUAUCAACCACUUCGUAGAAUCUGAUUACAUGACUGAAUUGGCUAACACUGGCACAAAAUCACCAUGAAAACGACAUUUAUUUAUAUUUAAAAAUUUUACAUUAUAUUUACACAAUUUUUUUAAGUUACAGGAUAUUUUAAGUUAUACAAAAAUCUUAAAAGGAUCCUGCAACUCUAUCCACGAAUAUGGACUUAAAAUUGGUUGUGAAACAUUUAGUGAAUGGUAAUUUAGCUGAAAGCUUAUGUUGUAUUUGUCUCCAACUUUUAAAUGGCAAAAGUGAGAAUAUUUUUACAAAAAUAUGUAAACAAAAUAAGGAAUACUGUAUAGCUGAUGUUCUUGAAGAAGUUUGUAAUAUUAAGUUUACAGAAUCAGAUCAGUACAAUGUAUGUUUGAAAUGUUUUGCUGCAGCGUCAACUGCCUACAGAUUCUAUUUACUGGCAAAGCAUAAUUAUGAGACUUUAAACCUUUAUGUUAAUGAACUGGAAAACAAUCUAGAAUCAAUAUCACUACCAGAUGGAGCUAUAGCAAAUAAAACUGACAGUAUUUGUAUAUCUUUACCUAUAUUAAAAUCACAGACUCCAAUAUUUGACUAUAGCAUAGAUAAUAUCAUUACACAGAAGUAUUGUGAUAAUACAAAGCGAAAAGACGUCGAAAUAAAAGUGGAAAAUGACAUUAAAACAGAAAAGCCAGAGAAAGAUGAUGAAUUUAAUUAUAAGAAAGAAGAGAGUAAAGUUAAUGAGAGAGUGAAAGAAUCAGAUGAUGAAGAAAUUGUUAUUGUUAUGAGUGAAGAUGGCAAGCAGACAUGUUACAUGCCUCAAAAGGAUGGCUCUCUACUUUUGAUCACACCUAAUAAAUUUGAAAAGGAAAUCAACAGUUACAAUGGGGAGAAGAAGCAGAGAAGAAAACGGGAGCCAAUGACAUAUAAAAAAUGUAGUCAAUGCCCAAUCAAGUACAGGUUCAUAGCAAAAUUAAAGGAGCACAUGAAAGCUGACCAUAAUAUUAGUUUAUUUGUUUGUAAGAUAUGCCAAGCCUUAAUGGAAAAUGAGGAGGAGUUUGCUCUCCAUUUGAAGACACAUACAAACAUAUACCAAUGUGAAACAUGUAACAUUGUGUUCAAGAAGCGUGAUACAAUAAUAUCCCAUUUGAAGUGGCAUGAGGAAAUGAAAAAUAUGAGUACAGUCGACGGCGCAAAUGUAUGUAAAGUGUGCGGAGACAUCCUGAAGGAUGAGGAAGACUUAAAAGAUCACUGUGAGAGGGAACACAACAAGAAGUAUACAUGCUAUUAUUGUGGCCGAAUGUACAAAGGUGAAACGGGUUUAAAUAUGCAUAUAAAGAAACACGAGAUGUACAUGAAAAUACGGGAUAUGAAAUGUAAACACAACGACAAACGGAUAUCAGCCGAAGGCAGGAAACAGGUGAAGGUAGAAAAGACCCCAGUGGACACGAAGUUCACGUGUGAGACGUGCGGCCGGAACUUCCUCGGGGAGCGCGCGUUGCUAUGGCACAAUCGGCUGCACACGAACGAGAGGCCGUUCAAAUGCGACGUUUGCGGGCGCGGCUUCGUUUCGCUGAACCGGCGUAACCAGCACGCGGUGUGCGCCCACACUGUGCCCACCCGCCGCUGCCCGCUGUGCCCAGCUCUCUUCCACCUCCGCUCCAUGGUCAACACGCAUAUAAAGAAGGUACAUUUAAAGACUCACAAGCGUAGAAAUAGGACGAACAGACACAAAGAGGUGUUCUGGCACACUGAGCCCGUCCCCAUACAGGAGCUGAGCGUGUCCAUCCAGAACGAGAUAUUGGAGUUGCAAGCGGCAAAGGACGACACAGUUCCGAUACAAUAUGUACUGGCUGAGUUCCAUGGCGAGGAAUGAUGUAUGGAAGAUCUAGACUAGUGGCAAACGAUUCUAGCUCUGUUUUUUGUUUUUCUAUUUAUUUCCUCAUCACGUUGCACCGUUAAUUAUAUUUUGUGUUAUUCCUGUUUACUGUUGAUUGGUAGAUACCGCCAUAUGGUGUUGAGUUCGCCAUUUACACUAUCUAUGCGUAUUAAAGUUUAAUAAAUAAAUAAAUAAAUUUACAAUCAGGAAUGUGUAAUGUAUAACUCUAUUUGAAUACCAUGCUCAACGACCUCAAUGGUAUUUUUAUUUAUUUAUUUAUUUAUUCAUUAGUACAAAUAUGUGUACAUGGCGGAGUUAACGCUAAAAGCAUUCUCUCCCAGUCAACCAUAGGGAAGUGUCAGAAUACUCGAAUGCGGUACUAGUAAUUAUUGAUAUACAUACAUACUAAAAUUACAUAUAUAAACGAAUAAAUAUAUAUAAAAAACAAAUAUACUUACACAUAUAUGACAUAUACUAUAUUAUACAUGAAAUUGAGAAUAAUCUCAACAGGUAGGUCUUAAGACGAACAUGAACGAGACUAAAACCAUGUCUAACGUCCAUAUCACACCUAUACCGGUUACGAUUGAGAACACUACGCUCUAAGUUGUCGAUCAGUAUGUAUACUUGGAAAAAGUUGUCCGAAUGGGUAAGGCCAACUUCGACCGAGAGGUCAACCGACGAAUCCACCUCGGCUGGACAGCGUUCGGACGAUUACGCCAAAUCUUUGCAUCCAAAAUACCUUAGAGUUUGAAGACGAAGGUCUUUCAUGCAAUUUAAGGCAAUGCUCGGAGCCUCUUUGCGUGAUAAGAUCUGAAAUGAGGAUAUUCGCAAAAUAUCUAAAAUAACCGACGUAGCCCGAAGGAUAAGCAAGCUGAAGUGGCAAUGGACUGGUCACAUAGUUCGAAAAAUCGACAACCGAUGGGGAAGAAAGGUUAUUUACGAUUUUAUUAUAUGUAUUGAUUUUUUAAACAUUUUACUUGUAAACGUAUAAUAAAAAUGAAACCAUGAAACUAUUGCGAUCUAAUUUACUGUUUUUAUUUUAUGACUGCCAUAUUGUUUGUGUGACGUCAUAUUGUCUAUGAUGCUAUAAUGACAUACUAUUGCGAGCGAAUAGUGAAAAUUAAAUAAUGAACAUUAAAGUCUUUUUGUUGGCCAAUAACUAUAGAAAUUGUUGCGUUUGCCACUUGUCUAUUAUAUAUUGCAGUGAAUAUAACCAAUUAUGUAUUAUAAUUCAGUCAAAUAUUAUGAAUA